AUGGAGUCUUGCCAUCCCGAAGAGAUCAUCAUUAUCGGUGCCGGGGUCCUGGGCCUCAGCACUGCUCUCGCCCUCCUCCGACGUCCGAAAUAUGCCACCUCGACCAUCACCCUCAUCGAUGCAGCUCCCGAGCUUCCCAACUCGUCUUCAGCCUCUGCAGAUACAAGCCGUAUCCUCAGAGCCGACUAUGCCCUCAAGCCAUACACUAGGCUCGUCUCCCAGGCACAGAAACUCUGGAAAGACGUGGGCGAUGACGGCUGGGGCGGCCAAGACCGCUACCACGACGCGAGCUUGGUCUUUACAUCCCAACCUGGUACACAAGGCCACAUUGACGGAUAUGUUGAAGAGAGUCUGCGGAAUGUCAAAGAGUUGACAAAAUCGAGCGAAUACGGGUUCAGCGCUAGCCAGAUCAGAGACUUGCCCAACAAGGAGGCCAUUAGGCGGGAGACUAAGUUUCCCGGAGUGAGCGGGGAGUUUGGUUAUGUCAAUGACAAUUGUGGCUGGGUCAAGGCCGAUGCCUGCGUCAAUUUCGUGUACGAGAGGAUUCAACAGGAGGGUGGCAAGCGAACUAGGAUCAGGCCCAAUUCUAGAGUCGGCCGCCUGCUCUACGAUCGUGAUGCGACUCGUUGCUGCGGCGUCGAGUUGUUUGAUGGCUGCCAACUGUCCGCAAGUCUCGUCAUCUUAGCUGCUGGUGCUUGGACCCCUUCUCUGGUCGACCUCAGCGGACAGGCCAUGGCAACUGGUCAAGUUCUCGCAUAUCUGCCAAUCAACGAGCAGGAGCAGCGAGCCUUGAAAUCGAGCCCAAUUUAUUUCAAUGUGAGCCGUGGCAUGUUCAUGAUUCCUCCUCAUAACCGGGAGCUGAAGCUCGGUCGUCAUGGGUUUGGGUAUCAAAACCCUACUGAAGUGACUUUUUAUGCACCAGACGGCAAGGAGACUCGCGCAAUGGUCAGCACACCAGUUACCGAUAUGCCUAUUCCAGGCGAGGCUGAGGCUGCCUGCAGAGAGUUCCUGGCAGAGUUGUUUCCACAAUGGAAGAAUAGGAAAUUUUCCAAAACGCGACUUUGCUGGUACUGUGAUACACCAUCUGGAGAUUUUUUGAUCGAUUACCACCCUCACGUGAAAGGCUUGUUUCUUGCAACAGGUGACAGUGGCCAUGGGUUCAAGGUGUUUCCUGUUAUUGGAGAUAAAAUCGUUGAUGCAAUCGAGGGUCAUCUUGACACGGAAUUAAAAGAUCUGUGGCGAUGGAAGCCUCAUGCACAUGUGCCUUUUGACGGGACUGAUGAUGGAACUCGGGGUGGUAGGCGAGGGAUGAUGCUAGAGGAGGAGUGGAAGAAGGAGGUCUCUUUGGAUUCACGACUAUAG